AUGAUUACAAAGCAUGCCAGUGCUCAGGUGAGGAAAGAGGAUGCAAAUUUCUAUCAGACCAUAUCUAAUAAUGUUCCUGACAUUGAAAGGGACAGUAAAAUAGCUCAGAUAGUUAUUGACCCUGAUGAAGUCAGAAGUCCUAAAGACAUAAAACCUGAAUCAAAUCUUGGCCUACUUGAUGAAAGUGUAUUAGAAAAAGAGAGGCUGGCAAGGGACUUGCUCUCAGAUAUUCAGAAAUCAUUCUUGGGAAAAUCUGCGGGACAUGACAUUUCAUCAACUGGAGAAUUAAGAUCACCCAAGUCAAGUAAGG